AUGAGGGAUAGAAGCCUUGCGAAUGCUCAAGGAGCACUUUCAGAGAUAAGGAAAAUUAGAGAGGGAAAGAUUAAGGCAAGCGAUGCUUAUACAUUGAAAGAUAAUGAUAUAUUCGAGGAGGUUGAUGAGGAAGUGUACCAGAACAUUAUUAAAGAGAGAAGGUCCGGCAACUUUGUUGUAGAUGACAAUGGAAUUGGUUAUGAAGAUGAUGGGAGAGAUUUGAUGGAUAAUUAUAUUCCGCUUCCCUCAGAAAUAAGUGAGGGGAAGAGGAACGAUCGGAAAAGGAGAAAGGAACAUACUAAAAAAGGUCUUAACGAAGGAAGCUCAAUUUUAAAACAGUUUCAGUUUAUUCCAGAAGAAAUGCAUAGGGGAAAUGAGUUAAAAACCGAGCAAAAACAUGAAGCGAAAUCAAAAAGUAUGGACAUUUUAUCUGCUCUCAAAGAUUUUGAUGAUAGUUUAUUUGAAGAUAUAGAUAUGGAGGGCGAAGAAAAUGAGAAAUAUGGCCCUGAAGAUUUUGAGAUGAAUAAGAAGAAUAUGAAAGCACAUGAUAUGUUUCAACUUGAUACUUUGAAUAAACUUACUAAUUCCGAUCUUUGCGAAAACACUUUUGCUAUUGAUGAAGAAGAAUCAAUGGAACAAAACCCAUCCUAUGAACAGAAUGAGCAUUUUGUUUCUGAUAAUGUUAUAAAAGAUCAGGAUUUAGAAGUGAAUCAAAAUGAAUAUAUAGAAGAACAAGAAAUCCAAGGCAGAGAUUGUAAAUAUAUGAAGUUUGGGGAAGAGCCAAUAAAUAAAAUAGAGAAAAAACCUUCUGGAAUUCAAACUCAAGUAUAUACUAGCGAAGAGGGAAGCUUAAAUUUUUAUUUGAUGGAGGUAACUGAAGAUUUGGGAACAGGUGAGCUAUAUUUGUUUGGCAAAAUUAUGACAGUAGACAACUAUUUGGAUGAUAAUAAAACCAUCAAUACUGAAAGUUGUUGUAUUGUAAUCAAAGAAACGUGGAGAUCUCUAUAUAUAUACCCAAGAGAAAGCGCUCCUAACCACCCAGAUCCUAUAUCAGUUUCGCAGAAUGUUGCAAAAGAAAUUUUAGAGAUUAGAAAGGAAUAUCGAAUUCCAAAGAUACAGAUGAAGCCGGUCGUUAGAAAUUUUUGCUUUUCUCAGAAAGAUGUAAAAUACGGUCCAAACCAACCGUUUUUAAAGUUAAUAUAUUCUUCAAAAAAUCCUUCACUACCUUUAAAUUUAUCUGGAGAAACGUUCUCUCAUAUAUUUGGAUUAAACACAAGUUUAACCGAAAAUUUUAUAAUUAAAAGAGAAAUAAAAGGGCCUUCUUGGUUAAUAAUAUCAAAACCGUAUCAAUUAGUACCCGUUGGAGGAGGUAGAAAAUCUCAAUGUAGGCUUGAAAUACACGUUCCUAACUGGAAAACUAUUCGGCCGUGGGCAAUUAAUUCUAACUGUAAUAAAAUGGAUGAUUCAAAUAAAGUACAAAAAGCAGAAAACAGUAAUUUCGAAAAAAUACUAACAAGUUCACCAUUGUUAACUAUUACCUGUUUAAAUGUAUGCUCAAGAUUGCCUUCUAAUGGUUCUAACAACCCAGAAAUAUACAGUAUUUCGAUGAUUACAAUAAAGAAUGUAAAUAUUGAUGAUGCACAAUGGGAUGAAAUAAAUUCUUCUGAAAUUCUAAAAAAAAGAAGGGCACCAGGAAAUGUAGAUAUUCAUACUUGGACUGGAAUCAGGAGGCAUGCCUCUUCUCCUUUUCCAAUUGGCUCAGAAGAAAAAAUGGAAAAAUCGGGGAUUAAGUAUUUUUCAACGGAGAGAUCUUUAUUACUAGCAUUUGUUACUUCGUUUUCACAGUUAGACCCCGAUAUUGUUGUCGGUCAUAAUAUUUGGACUGACCAUUUAGAUGUGUUGGUAAGUAGAAUGGUAAAUAUAGGUGUCCCUAAUUUCUGGAAAUUGGGAAAGAUAUUUACUUCCGUACAAAACCAAAAACAAAGUAUUAAGUCACUUUCAAGUACAAAAAGAAUACAAUCGGUCUUUCAGGGACGCAUAAUAUGUGAUACAUGCCUAUCAUCCAGAGAGUUUAUGAAAAGUAGGAUUGAUUAUCAGCUAAAUUCCAUUUUUUCAGAAGUUUUCCCCCAAGAUUUAGAAUUAAAAAAAGCUUCAAUAAUGAGAUCUGCUUCAGCAGAAGCCUAUUAUUUAGAAACUUACAAGAGUUUUGAAACAAUUAGCAAAUCUCUUACUAGAGAUUUACUAGUUUCUGUAGGAGUGUUCAAAUUACUAUUCCACCUACAGGUGUUACCUUUAACUAGGGAGCUAACGAAUUUAGCAGGUUUCCUUUGGUCAAAAAGUCUACUUUUUUUAAGGGCAGAGAGAAAUGAAUAUUUAUUACUCCAUGAGUUUCAUAAAGGAAAAUUUGUAACACCUGACUGUAUCCAACGUAGCCAGAAAUAUAAGAUCAGAGCAGAAGACUCUUUAUUGUCUGAAAUUGAUAAAGAAGAUAAUCAUUCAAAAAAAGAAGAAACUUAUUCCGGUGGUCUAGUGCUGGAACCAGUUACGGGGUUAUAUGACUCAUUUAUACUCUUACUAGAUUUUAACUCGUUGUACCCAUCAAUUAUUCAGGAAUUUAAGAUUUGUUUUACAACACGUGAACCCACUAAAUUGGGAUCAGAUACAACAGAAGAUGCUGAAGGCAGCUCUUUAAUUGAUAGAGGUUCUAGCUCAAAUCAAUUUGAUAAUACAAUACUUCCUGGAAUUUUGGAAAGCCUUGUAAAAAGGAGGCGUCAUAUUAAAGAAAUUCUUAAAAAUAUGCCAUCUAGUACAAGAAAGAUUCAACUUGAAAUACGACAACUUGCAUUGAAGCUUACUGCGAAUUCUCUUUAUGGAUGUUUAGGAUACAAAAAUUCUAGAUUUUAUGCAAAAGAUCUUGCGUCAAUUAUUACAUUCUAUGGACGCCAAAUCUUGCAGAAAACUAAAUUAAAAGUUGAAGAUGAGACUAAACUUCAAGUUAUAUAUGGUGAUACUGACAGUAUUAUGGUCAAUACAAGCAUUUAUGAUGAUGGUAAUGGCGAAGGGUAUUCACUUGUUCUAAAAUUGGCUUCUCAGAUUAAACAGAUUGUGAACAAAGAUUAUACGAAAUUAGAAUUGGACUUAGACGGUGUAUUACAGAGACUAUUGCUGCUUAAAAAAAAGAAGUAUGCUUGCAUUCAAAUAGUUGAUUUUCAUCGCAAACAGUUUAAACUGGAAUGUAAGGGGUUGGAUUUGGUAAGACGUGAUUGGUCAAUUUUAACUAGAAAUGUUUCAACGCAAAUACUUAAUUUACUAUUUUCGAACGAGCCGAUUGAUAUAGUAAUCACCAGUAUAUUGAAUACACUUGAAUCUCUAAAUGAAACACUAAACUCUAAUUCCAUUCCAGUAGAGAGCUUUAUAAUUACAAAAACUCUCACGAAGCUUCCACAAUUCUAUUCAGACCCAUAUCUCCUUCCACAUGUAAUUGUUGCAAAAAGAAUGAUUUCCUCAGGCUUACCAGUUUCUUCUGGUACUGAAAUUCCAUAUAUAAUUUGCAAAGAAGAACUUAACUUACAUACAUCGGAAGAAGCUGUUCCAAAAAGUUCUAUGCUUUCGAAAAGGGCUUACUCUCCAGAAGAAGUAAAAUCAAAUGGACUUAAUAUUGAUAUUGAGUGGUAUAAGACUCAGCAAUUACUUCCACCACUCUCAAGGCUCUGCGCUCCAAUACCUGGCUUAGAAAUAAGUAGAAUUGGGCAAUGCCUAGGUCUUGAGUAUAAGCAAUAUAGUGAAAUUAUUCAAAAAGAGGAUUCCGAACACCUAACAGAUUCAUUUUCAACAUUCGAGUGGAAGAAAAACCCAGAGACUUAUAUUAGCGUUCCAAUUACAGCAAAUAUAGAUUGUUUCCAAUGUAUAAAAAAAGGUAAUUCAGGACUGAAUUCAGUGUUUAACUUGCUUAAGGAGAAUAGAUGGGAAUGCCAGGCGUGUAACAAUCAAUUUCCACCAGAAUUUCUUUCAAACUGGCUUCAUAACCACCUUAGAACAUUAACUCUUAGAUACUACUCAGCGUUCCAUGGUAUUUGCAGAGAAUGCAAUACCCAAACUAGAAGAGUGCCACUAAAAAACGGCUUUAACUGCCCCCAACCACAUUGUCAGACUAAAAAGUCACUCACAAGUGAUCUUUCUCCACAUAAAAUCUGGCUUUAUCUUGACCACUGGCUAUUUUGGCUUUCCGCCAAUGAAAACAACAAUUCUUCAAAUCAAAAAUAUUCAUAUGAGAUGGAUUCUGUCACACAGUCUUUAUUAAAAGAUAUAAUUCUCAACUUCAUGAAUAUAAAUAAAUAUAACCAUAUUCAAAUAAAUGAUUUAUUCACUCUUUUAAAAGGGAAAGAUAAGAGAACCAAAACUUGUUCUAAUGAAUAUUUACUGACUAAUUUAUGGAGUAAAAAUACAAGUUCACUAGGUUAA